AUGCCAACUCAGCCUCUCUUGGCAUACAUGGAUGGACCGGAUGGAAUAGCCAGUACCGUUGGUGCACAGAUGGAGAAUAAUGAUGCCUCAAUGACAAUAAAAGGAACAAACACAAUUUCUUACAAAAACUUGCAAGAAAAGUUUCUCAUGCAAACUGAGGGAUGCAUGCCUCUGGACUGCAUGUUUUGUGAUGAGACUUUUAAACAUCCUGAAGAACUUGGUAAACAUGUUUUAACUCAGCAUAGGCCCACUCUUUGUGAACCAGCUGUCUUGCGUGUUGAAGCAGAGUAUCUUAGCCCUCUAGAUAAAUGUCAAGUAAGAACAAACUUGCCUUCACCAAACAAUGAAAAGGACAAUGAAGAACUUAGUUGUGAAGUUUGUGGACAAACUUUUGAUGAGGCUUUUGAUGUUGAGGCACACAUGAAAAAGCAUAAAGAUUCUUUUACUUAUUGGUGUAAUGUAUGUGGAAGAAGAUUUAAAGAGCCGUGGUUCCUCAAAAAUCACAUGAGAACGCACACUGGAAAGCCUGGUUCUAGAAACAAGCACCAACAAGGUUCUGAAAUCCCCGUAACAAUAAAUGAGGUGGUGCAGGACCAUGUAACUGAAAAUGUAACGUCACCUUACAAAAUUUGUAUGGUUUGUGGUUUCCUAUUUCUCAAUAAAGAGACUCUAAUGGAGCACAGUAAAGUGCACACCAAAGAAUCAGUACCCAGUGCUGAAAGCCCCCGAGUGACUGGUGAACCUAAUGCAGAAGCAACGUCUCAAAGAGAGGAAUUUUUGCGAUUCUUGAAGUUAAAACCAAACUUGGGUCCAGAAAAUGACAAAUCACAAAAACCUGUGAAAUGGAUAGCUGAACUAGAUCCUUUCAACACAUAUCAAGCAUGGCAGCUGGCUACCAAAGGUAAAGUUGCAGUUGGCCGUGGCCAAGUUAAAGAACCAGGGCACGAAGGAAGUACAGACAAUGAUGAUUCAUCUUCUGAUAAAGAAGAACUCAGUGAAAUUUGGAAUGCAAAUAAAGGUAGCCAGACCGAAACUACAGGGAAGUCAAAAGUAAAUAAAAACAGCGGUUAUACAGGGAAUGGUAACUUAUCCCAAGACAAACUGAAACAUCCCGGUGGUGAAGUGCCUUCUAUGGACGUGGAUUCUAAAUUGUCACAGAACAAAGAGAAACCAACACACUGUUCGGAGUGUGGUAAAGCCUUCAGAACGUACCACCAACUAGUCCUUCAUUCCAGAGUACAUAAGAGAGACAGGCGGACUGACGGAGAGACUUCAGCUGCUUCGAGGACGUGCUGUGCUGAUAUAAUUGUAAGUCUGGAUGAAAAUGGAGCAGGGGAACGGAUAGAAGGAGGCUCUGAAGAUGGAUCUGAAGAUGGGCUUCCAGAAACACUUCAUUUAGAUAAAAAUGAAGAUGGUUUGGAAAGAGCAAAAGGUAAAAACCUUGGAGCCUCCAGAGAAUGCAGCUAUUGUGGAAAGUAUUUUCGCUCAAAUUAUUACCUCAAUAUUCAUCUCAGAACUCAUACAGGUGAAAAACCGUACAAAUGUGAAUUCUGUGAGUACGCAGCAGCACAGAAAACUUCACUGAGGUAUCAUUUAGAGAGGCAUCACAAGGACAAGCAAGCUGAUAGUGCAGCAGACGUGAAAAGUGACAGCAAAGUUUCACUACAGAGUCAGGAGACAGAGCUCUUGCUGGCUGCUGAUGGUGCUCAAGAAACCAAAAAUUUGAAGAGGCUUUUUGAUUGUGCCAAAGAUGCUAAGAGCUGCCCACCUACCAAGCAGCAAAAGGAAGUUCUGUCCUUGAACAAUGCAAUAGGCAGCACAGUCCUUUUAAAAAUGAAAAAUAAUUCUAGGGAAUUGAACAAAGGUUCCGUUCGUAACAAUUCAAAUCAAAUACAUGAGAAUGUGUCUACUCCUUAUCCGGAAAAACUAAAGGCUGAGAAGGAAACAAAGGAAGCUCAGCCCAGUGUUCCUCAUAAAAGAGAGAGAAAGGCUUCUGUGGCAUCAGAGGGAGAUGACGUCCAGUAUGUUUGUGCUUUAAAGGAUGGAAAAAAUGUGAAUGAUGUGAGAGAGUGCACUGAAAACUACAAACACAAACCUAUGGUGGACUCUCAAGAAAAGCCCUUGAACUUAUCUGUGGGGACUUCACAAGAAUGUUCGGUGGUUUCAACUAGAGACCUGCUAGCACCCAGCACCUGUGCAUUUUGUACUUACAGAACAUUUUACCCGGAAGUCCUAAUGAUGCACCAGAGGCUGAUCCACAAAUACAAUCCUGACACUGUUAACAGAAAUGGCUGUAGAAACAAGGCUCUAGCUAAAGCCAGACGCACUGGGUGCCCUCCAGCUCUGCUUGGUAAAGAUGUGCUUCCUCUGUCUUUUUCUUCUAAUAAAAGUAAGGCUUCCCCAUCUACACAGCAAAAACUGCAGACGGGGAAAGCUAAACAAUGUCACCCUCUACAGAACAAAGUCCCUCUCUUCUCAGUGACUGACUCCAGCAGCACAGCCCCAAGUAACCUCAAGUUUCAUAAACAGCAAAGUAAUAUUGGAGCUCAGGCAAAUAACUAUAGACAACCUCAGCAAGAAAUGCACUCCAGUUCCAGUAUCGCUCCAGUAUUGGACAGAGUAAAAAGAUCUGAAUCUAAAGUAAAAUCUCUAAGUGUCCCAGUGUCUCAGUCUGGUCUAGUAAGCGGCAGUAUGAAUGGGGCUCUCGACUCUCAGCUAAAUGAAUCUGCCUGGUCUUGUCAUCGAGGAAGAGACUAUCUUUGUAGUAAAUCUGUGAGCAAUGUAAAUCUAGACUAUGGUGAAACAUCUUCCAAACGAAUGAAACCUAAUCUGUUAGCUAUUGAACAUAUUGACUCUCCAAUGGCUAAUUACAGAAGAUACGAAAUGAGCAGAUUUCGUGUUGCAAACAGAUAUGCAAAUCUGCUACCUCAGGAAUGUUCUCGCACCAAACCUGCAUCCUCUGUUUUGCCAACCAAACAAGGGCUUCUGAAUUCAGAUGAUGUUGAUCCUCCUAAUGUAUUGACUGUUCUCAAACCUUAUGAGCCAUAUAGCUCUGGAUCACUUUACAGUUCUUGUGGAUCUAGCAAUGGCCAAGUAACCAGCUCUACAGUAGAAGGAAAGAGAUCAGUGUCGUAUCAACACUUGUCUAGCAGUGUGCUGCAAAAGCGAAGUUAUGAAAGUUUCGUUGGUAAUGCACACUUUCGACCAAGUGACAAGAAGACUUGAUCGUUUACUUCAAGAAAUGGUUUAAGGACACAAGUCCAUGUUCUAUGGAGUUAUACCUGCAGUUCAUCCCUUGAAGAAAAAUGAAUAGUGAAAGCUACUGAACUAAGCUGUGAUUGUACUGUAUACAAAAACACUACAGUUUUAUAGUACUGGUUCUGUUAACAUUUUUUACCAAAUAGCCAUAAAAAGUAGUCUAAACAAUUGGGUUAUGAAGGUGUUUGGAGAAUGUAUAUCUUGACAUUGACUUUUGAAUAUUUUUCAUUAGAAUUAAUUGACCAAAUAUUAGGUAGGAAUUAUAUUUUUACAUACUUGAGCGCUGCUGAAGAGUUUCUCUUUGAAAGAAUAUAUAAUCGUUGCACCUCAGGUAAACUGCAAAUACUGAAGUUGAAAUCCUGUUGGCUUAAUGCUCCUUUUUCAUAAAAGUGAAAGUUUCUCAUCUGUUUUAUCUGUUGAACUGUGUUAGUUUUUUAAAACAACUUCCAAAUAAACUGUCUGAAACUGUCCAGUUUAUGAAUGUUGUCAGCACUAUUGCUUUGAUGUUUGCAUCACGCUGAUCUGCCUUGUAUAUGUUAGGACCAUAAUGUGUUGGAGGGAUCUGUUUCCUUGGGGUUGUUUCCAGCAUAUUUUUAAAUGCAAGGAUGAGGCAAUACUUGACAUUUGGAUCUCAGUGUGGUGUUCCUGAAAUAUGGUUGGAUUCUUCUCUUGGCAUUGGUUGCUGUUCUUCAGAGAAGCCUCUUAAACAAACAUCUCUACCAACAUACA